UCGUGAUAGCGAGCUCUAAAGCCACCCGUUUCGUCUCCCCGGUCCCCUCACCAUGGCUACCGCUUCCUGGCCUGCUCCCACCGCCUCCUUCGCGCCGGCGCCGGGGAGGCUCAAGGCAGGUCCUUUACCCGUCAAGACGCGUCCCUGCCGAGUCCUUCUCAGGGCGUCAAGCGAAUCCGCCAUGGUUGCUGGUGACACAUUGCUUGGUUUGUAUGAGAAAGAGAGGUUAGGCCUCUCACAAUAUGCAGAUGAGGAGUCUAAUGAAGAGAGAUUCUGGGAAAUCUUGGAUGCUGAUUUGCGCUACUGGACCAGAUCCCUGCGCCCAGUGCAGUGGUAUCCUGGUCACAUUGCAAAAACAGAGAAAGAAUUGAAGGAACAGUUAAGGCUCAUGGAUGUUGUCAUAGAGAUCCGUGAUGCUAGGAUUCCCUUGUCCACCAGCCAUCCUAAGAUGGAUUCCUGGCUAGGCAACCGGAGAAGGAUCAUAGUCUUGAACCGCGAGGACAUGAUCUCAACUGAAGACAGGAAUGCAUGGGCUUCUUACUUUGCUAUUCAGGGCACCAAAGUAGUUUUCUCCAAUGGGCAGCUGGGCAUGGGUACGAUGAAAUUAGGUAGGAUGGCAAAAUCAGUAGCAUCUGUUGUGAACACAAAGCGAAGGGAAAAGGGGCUCCUUCCUCGUCCGGUUCGAGCUGGAAUAGUUGGAUAUCCAAAUGUUGGCAAAUCUUCCUUGAUUAAUCGCUUGCUAAAACGAAGAAUGUGUCCAGCAGCACCGAGACCAGGAGUCACAAGAGAACUGAGGUGGGUUCGUUUUGGAACAGAUCUAGAGUUGUUAGAUUCACCUGGAAUUUUGCCUAUGCGAAUUAGUGACCAGACAGCUGCAAUUAAGCUGGCUAUAUGUGAUGAUAUUGGAGAAAGGUCGUACGAUUUUGCUGAUGUGGCAGCCAUUCUAGUGCAGAUGUUGAUAAGACAUCCUGCAGUAGGUUCUGAGGCAUUUCGAAGGCGAUAUAAGAUUGAUGUAGAUAGCGAUUGUGGUAAAAUGUUUGUCACAAAGCUCUCUCUUCACUUGUUCAAUGGAGACACGAGCCAGGCAGCUUUCCGCAUCUUGUCUGACUAUAGGAAAGGCAAAUUUGGCUGGGUGGCGCUGGAGAGACCUCCAACAUGAGCAAUGGAGAUAUGGAUGAUUCUGAUAUGCUAGAGCUGCAUUUGUUCAUAGCACAACACAAUGUAAUGUCCUUUGUGGCACACUUCAGGAUAAUUUAUCCGGGCCUACACCUUAUAUGAGGAAUCAAUUUUUAGAAUAGCUGUCCAUCUAUAGACACAAUACAUCAGAAAUCCUCCUGUUGUUACUAGGCAGUCUAGAGCAGCCGAGAUUAUCUGUAUAAUUAGGUGACGGAAUUAAUUUUGAGAAGCGAAUUGAGGUUGCAACGUUGCCUUAUCA